GAUCACUUGAAAUCUUUGUAUUGUUAGGAUUAGAAAUGCGAGGUUGGGGUUGACGGAUUAGGACUCAUAGCCGAUGGAUUUAAAACGCGAAGGAACUGCCAUAUUUUACAUGUUCCUUUCAAAGAUCUCAUAUCUCGAUCUCUUGAGCAAUACUCAGGUUUUUGCCCAGUAUAAUUACCUAGUCAAACAUGUCUUCAAUUAACUUCAAAUCAUUAGAACGAAUCGAUGUUCAUUGCCAUGCCAUCACUCCCAAGUAUCGCGAGUAUCUCAUCCAGACCGGCCAUGAAAAUCCAGACGGGAUGCCUUCAAUUCCUGAAUGGACACCAGAACAACAUAUUUCCCUGAUGAAAGAAACCAACAUCACAACCUCAAUCCUAAGCAUCAGCACGCCAGGGACCUACCUCCAACCAUUUAAUUCGUCCCUCACAAAAGAAAUAACCCGCACCACCAACAUCGAGCUAUCCGAAAUCUGCGCCGCGCAUCCUUCUCACUUCCGCUUCUUUGCCUCCUUGCCUUUGCCAUCUGUCCCAGACUCCAUAGCCGAAAUCGAUUAUGCCUUCGACACACUCGGCGCCAUUGGGUUCUGUGUACUCUCGAACGCCAACGGCGUGUACAUGGGAGAUCCAGCACUCGAUCCCAUUUUCGACAAAUUGAACGAACGUAAAGCUAUCUUGCACAUGCAUCCCACGUCCUGCAAAAUUCUAUCUCAUGCCCACUCCCACACAACCGCUUCAGACUCGGAACCAGAAAUGCAAAUGACGGUCGUCAAUCCACUGCGAAUUCCAUCCGGGCUGCUGGAAUACAUGUUUGACGAAACCAGGGCAGUAGUUAACCUCCUGCUUUCUGGGACCAUAACUCGUUGUCCUGAGGCCAAGUUCAUCAUGUCGCACGCAGGAUGCGUGUUACCUUAUAUUCUUGAGCGUGUAGCUGUAGCCAUGCAAACUUUCUUCGGUGGUGGGGUCGAUUCUUAUGAGAUGAGAAGACUGCUCAGAGAGAGGUUUUAUUUUGAUCUUGCGGGGCUGCCGUGGCCGGAUAUGAUUCAUGCUUUGUUGAGGAUUGUAGGACCUGACAGGUUGCUUUAUGGAAGUGACUAUUGCUGGACGCCAACGGGUUUGGUCAAGACGUUGAUUGAGAAGAUGGAUGAAGGUGCGGCUGAUAUUUGGGAUGAGGAUACUAUCAAGGAGGUUUAUGCGGGGAAUGCGAAGAAGUUGUUUGGACUGUAGCGGUAGGAGUGUUAUG